CCGUCUCGUGAGCACCGGCCCUAGUCGCCGGAGAAAACAAACUGCGCGGAUAACAGAGACGUCCACACAGCACGCGGUGCACAGACACACCGCACACACCGGGGGUUUACUGCGCCCGGGACAACACAGAACCGUCUAAGGAAGGUUGGUGAGAAGCACACAGCAUGACUAAGACGCCUCCUCACAGGCGAGGGAUCACGUUUGAGGUGGGGGCGGCUUUGGAGGCCCGGGACAGUCUGAAGAACUGGUAUGCUGCCAGCAUUGAGAAGAUUGACUACGAGGAUGAGAAGGUUCUGAUUCAUUACAGACAGUGGAGUCAUCGCUAUGACGAGUGGUUCGACUGGAGCAGCCCUUACCUACGACCUGUGGAACGAAUCCAGCUGAGGAGGCAGGGCCUGCAGGAGCACAACAUGGCCCCGGUGACUGCUCACUCUCGAAAAGGUUUUCAAAUCAACCAGAAGGUUUUAGCCAGUUGGUCAGAUUGUCGCUACUAUCCAGCUAAGAUCCUCUCCCGUGAUAAAGACGAUUUUUACACAGUGAAGUUUUUUGAUGGUGUUGUUAAGACUGUGAAAGGGAUGAAGAUUAAGCCUUUCAGAAAGGAGAACACGAGCAACAAGCCUGGGCAGCCAAGCCGAAAGCGGACAGCAGGGAAAAACUGUAAGACCAAAGAGAACGGAAGAAACCAACAGGACGGCGAGACCGAAUCGGAGGAAGAAGACUCAAAAGGGACAGAGAAGUGUGGAAAGCUUCAGGACACCCUGCUGGCCAAAACGGAGCUGCCAGAGAUGGCCAACGGACACCAAGCUGCAGAGGAGAAGCCGUCCAACGAAGAGCUGAAGACGGAAACACAGGAGAACGGAGGAGGGGAAGUGAUGGAGAUGGACAAAGGAGGAGACGAGGAGAACGUCGGAGGGACACUUCAUAACGGCGCCCAUGAGAGCUGUGGAGAGGAACAAGAGAAAGAAGAGCGAGAAAAAGAGGCCCCACUCGGUCAGAACAGGAAAACAAGAGGCAAAGUAAUGGAAGGGAAAGACACAGAUCGGGCCUGCGUUCCAGAGCUGAGGAAAAGACGUGCGUCCACGGGACAAACUCCUCCUUCCAAGAGGAGCAGAGCAAAUACUACAGACAGAAACAAUCGAUCCCAGGUUAGACAGACUAGAUCAGAUUCUGUACCAGAAAGCUUCAGCGAUAAAGAUGGUCUCUGCAAGACGGGUCUUCUGGAGAAUCCCAAGCCUAUAGCACAGACAGCGUCUUCUCCUGAUCUCGCCACGCUGCUGCAAAGACAAGUCCACCUCCCAACCACCAAUAAGUACAGCAGGGAACCAUUGUACAGGGUCAUCAAGAACCAGCCCCCGCCCAUCCUCUCCAUCGAACUGGACCAUAACCCGUUUAAGUGCCAGGUGCCAGGCUGCAGCAAGUCGUUCCGCAAGGCGUCUCUGCUGCACUAUCACAUGAAGUAUUACCACUCUGAGAGCGAGCUGUGCUCUUCCCACAGCACCCACACACACACCGCCGAACCUCAGGCCCAGGAUAGCCACACACACCCCUCUGAGACUCCACGCAGACGCCGUACCGUUUCUGCCUCACUAGACACUCCGUCCCCGCUAAGCGACAGUAAAUCCAGUCACACCCCGUCACCCCAUACUGCGAACGGUGUGCAUCGUCAGCGCAGCUCCUCCCACUGCGAGAGGAGCAAAGAGAACCAGCACACCAACCGCACGCUCCAUGACGACAGAGACUGGGUCACCAUGGAAACAGAACGAGAGAAAAGGAGAGAAAAGAAGCAGAGGGACUUCUGCAUCAAGUCUAAGAAGAAGAGAAAGAAGAAAAAGAGGUCCAAGUCAGACUCACACAGCAGUGAUAAGAGCAAUGGCUUUAGCUCGUACCCCUGCAAUCCAAAUCUGUCUCUCAAAUUGCCCCUCUCCCACAAACACCGCUCGUACGCCGCACACUUCCCCGAACCAGAGCUCGAUGAUGGUGAAGACAGUGGCAGUGACUGGUCAACAGACAGCCCUCUGUGGAGCGAGGAGGAGUCGGAGACGGGGCUCGAUCUGAACACGCCUUUCUCUGAGCAGGGGGUGGAGACGGUGGGUCAUGACUCAGAGAUAGUGCGCUGUGUGUGCGAGGUGCAGGAGGAGAACGACUUCAUGAUCCAGUGUGAUGAGUGUUUAUGCUGGCAACAUGGCACGUGCAUGGGCCUGUAUGAGGACAGUGUCCCUGACACCUACAGCUGCUACAUCUGCAGGGACCCACCUGCUCAGAGACAGAGUCAGCGCUACUGGUACGAUAAGGACUGGCUCAGCAGCGGUCACAUGUACGGCUUGCCCUUCUUAGAAGAAAACUACUCUCAUCAGAACGGCAAGAAAAUGGCAGCCACCCACCAGCUCCUGGGCGACGUUCAUCGUGUGUUUGAAGUGCUUAAUGGCCUCCAGCUCAAAAUGAGCAUACUGCAGGCUCAGGCUCACCCGGACCUGAAACUGUGGCGACAGCCCUGGAAGCCCUCAGAUGGCAUUCUCAGGAAGGGGGCGGUGCAUUCUGGCAUGACCACGCCCUCUCCACCAUCUCCUCGCGCAGCAGACUCCAUCGAUGCAGAGCAGGUCAAUUCCAAACAGCCUGUGCCUCCAGCCUGCUCUUUCCAGACGUCUUACAUCAGCAGCGAGCACUGCUACCAAAAGCCACACACGUAUUAUCCUGCGCUGGAGCAGCGACUGGUGGUGGAGACGCGUAGCACAGAGGAGCUUCUGGAGCUCGAGACACGCAAACUGCAACUGACCAAUGCUAAGGAGUUGGAGUGUCGCAUGAAGCUGCUGGCGGCCGAAAGAGAGAAGAGCUGCGCCGCCCAGAUUAAGGAAGAGGAACCUGACCCAGUGACCUGUGACUCCAAACCUGACCCUGACCUCCUGCUACACCAGCAGUGGCAGCUGAACCUGCUGGAGCACAUCGAGGUUGUGCAGGAUGAAGUCAGCCACAGGAUGGACCUCAUAGAGAGGGAGCUGGAUGUUUUAGAAAGUUGGCUGGAUUACACAGGUGAACUGGAGCCUCCAGAGCCUCUGGCGCGUCUCCCGCAGCUUAAACACCGCAUCAGACAGCUACUGACGGACCUGGGAACAGUGCAGAAGAUUGCGUUGUGCUCCUCGUCCACAUGAGGGAAGCAGAGCGCACAGAUCUCAGAAACCUGCAGGAGAGGAGAGGUGGAAAAUGAAAAGAUGAAUUGAACUCGAACUCAAGCAGAAGUGGUAUUAGUGCUCUGGGGAGAACUGCGAGCCAAAACAAACCAACCCAUGAUAGAAACAAGAAGAAAGAAAUUACUUGAAUGUUUAAUAUGUUAAAAGAUUUGAAUGUACUUCAGGGUUAUGGUUCAAGUUUGGGCAUCAACUAUGCCUCGAGUUUUCUUUUUUUUUCUUUCUUUCUUUUUUUGUUGGAAGAACUACAAUGUUUAUGGCAUUACAUGCAAGGGAAAUUAUUUGGAUUAUGAAACCUUUUAAGCACUUAAAUUUGUUAAUUACCAUCGUAAAGUUUUGUUUUGGUUGUUUGGUUGAUUUUCUCCACUUUGUUGCUAAUUUUAUGCAAAACCACCUUUUCAUACAUGAACUGUUUGAAUAUCUGACAUCUUCAAGUGAAGAGACUCUGAGGCAGUGACUGGUUUUGUAGCUGUUUAAAGUAAACAUGGAAAUGUUUAAAGGAGCAUAUAUUUUAAUCUUAAAGUACUUGCAUCUUGCUUUUAUAUUUGUAUUAAAUAGACAAUGUAAAUUGCCUAUAUGUAAACUUUACUUCAUAGUUCAGGUUGUUUUGUUCUUUUCCCUUUGAUCGAAACUGUAAUGUUCUUUACCGUGACUGAGUCUUCAUUCAUAAUAACAAUAAUAAUGAUUAUGAUGAUAAUAAUUUACCUUUUAUACCUUGUACAUUCUGCAUUACCGUUCCUCUCAUGUCUGCCUUGGUUUUGGAAAUAAUUGCUUGUUUGUUU